AUGUUGCUCAUUGGUCUGACAGGUGGCAUUGCGUGUGGGAAGUCCACGGUAUCGACGAUGCUGGAGAAGCAACAUCAUCUUACGGUAAUUGACGCGGACCGUGUAGUGCGGGAGCUGCAACGC